AUGAGUGGAUCAAAGCAGGAGAUGCUCAUGGUCGCAGAGCGGGAGGUCAGAAGGUCGAGAAGCCUCUGCGGCAGGCGGCUGUGCCGAGCUAACAAGAACUGGACGGCAGAAGAUGGGGGCCGAGUCCCGGGUGUCAGCGUGCAGGGCUGCUCCAUGAGCCGCAUGGCAGACGACAGGGAGGCGGCGCACCGCACGGCAGCCACACCCUCUGCUUGCACCAUCCUGAGCUCCCUGAGAAGGAAAUGGGCAAACUCGGGAGUGACCGGAAAUGCCCCGUGCCCCUUGCCCUGUGCCCUGUGUCCUGUGCCCUGUGCCCUGUGCCCCAGUGCCCCCGUGCUCAUGCCCUGUGCCCCGUGCCCUUGCCCCGUGCCCCGUGCCCUGUGCCCCAGUGCCCCGUGCCCCGUGCCCUGGUGCCCCAGCGUCCCAUGCCCUGUGCCCCGUGCCCUCGUGCCCCAUGCCCCCAUGCCCCAGUACCCCAGUGCCCUGUGCCCCGUGCCCUGUGCCCUGUGCCCCUGCCCCCAUGCCCCAGUGCCCCAGCGUCCCAGUGUCCCAUGCCCCAUGUCCCGUGCCCCAAUGCCCCGUGCCCCGUGCCCUGUGCCCCGUGCCCUGUGCCCCGUGUCCCGUGUCCCUGCCCCCAUGCCCCGGUGCCCCAGCGUCCCAUGCCCUGUGCCCCAUGCCCUCGUGCCCCAUGCCCCCAUGCCCCAGUGCCCCAGUGCCCCGUGCCCCGUGCCCUGUGCCCUGUGCCCCGUGCCCUGGUGCCCUGGUGCCCUUGCCCCAGUGUCCUAUGCCCUGUGCCCUGUGCCCCAGUGCCCCCGUGCCCCAUGCCCCAUGCCCCGUGCCCUGUGCCCAGUGCCCCAGUACCCCAGUGCCCUGUGCCCUGCGCCGCUCACGGGAUGGCGGUGGUGGUCAGUGGGCUUUAAAGAAGCACUGAGCCGAGGCCACCAGUCCAGCGGGUCUGGUGCCCUUGUAAGAAGAGAGGGGCUGAGGCUGCCUGGGGCAGGGCUUGCGCUCGCACACAGGAGGUCCCGCUCAGGGCUGACUGACAGGAAAGGACGCAGGGAGCAAAAGAUGCUGCAGGAGUGUGGGGUGUGGGGGAGAUCACAGCAGGAACCAGCCCGCCUCACCUCCAUCCGGGACCGGAGAAUCCAUGCCCUGAGCCUGGGCUGUGCUGCUUCGGGAUGGUACUCACCGCUGACUGUGCACCCGUCCUCACCCGACUACCCUGAGCACCCGCCCUCACCCGACUACACUGCACACCCGCCCUCACCCGACUACCCUGCACACCCGCCCUCACCCGACUACCCUGCACACCCAUCCUCACCCGACUACCCUGAGCACCCGUCCCCACCCGACUACCCUGAGCACCCGCCCUCACCCGACUACCCUGCACACCCAUCCUCACCCGACUACCCUGAGCACCCGCCCUCACCCGACUACCCUGCACACCCAUCCUCACCCGACUACCCUGCACACCCGUCCUCACCCGACUACCCUGAGCACCCGCCCUCACCCGACUACCCUGAGCACCCGCCCUCACCCGACUACCCUGCACACCUGUCCUCACCCGACUACCCUGCACACCCGCCCUCACCCGACUACCCUGAGCACCCGUCCUCACCCGACUACCCUGAGCACCCGUCCUCACCCGACUACCCUGAGCACCCGCCCUCACCCGACUACCCUGCACACCCAUCCUCACCCGACUACCCUGAGCACCCGUCCUCACCCGACUACCCUGCACACCCAUCCUCACCCGACUACCCUGCACACCCAUCCUCACCCCACUACCCUGCACACCCGUCCUCACCCGACUACCCUGCACACCCAUCCUCACCCGACUACCCUGCACACCCAUCCUCACCCGACUACCCUGAGCACCUGUCCUCACCCGACUACCCUGAGCACCCGUCCUCACCCGACUACCCUGAGCACCCGUCCUCACCCGACUACCCUGCGCACCUGCCCUCACCCGACUACCCUGAGCACCCGUCCUCACCCGACUACCCUGAGCACCCGUCCUCACCCGACUACCCUGCACACCCGUCCUCACCCGACUACCCUGAGCACCCGCCCUCACCCGACUACCCUGCACACCCAUCCUCACCCGACUACCCUGCACACCCAUCCUCACCCGACUACCCUGCACACCCGUCCUUACCCGACUACCCUGAGCACCCGUCCUCACCCGACUACCCUGCACACCCGUCCUCACCCGACUACCCUGAGCACCCGCCCUCACCCGACUACCCUGAGCACCCGUCCCCACCCGACUACCCUGAGCACCCGUCCCCACCCGACUACCCUGAGCACCCGUCCUCACCCGACUACCCUGAGCACCCGCCCUCACCCGACUACCCUGAGCACCCGUCCUCACCCGACUACCCUGAGCACCCGUCCUCACCCGACUACCCUGCACACCCGUCCUCACCCGACUACCCUGCACACCCGUCCUCACCCGACUACCCUGAGCACCCGCCCUCACCCGACUACCCUGCACACCCAUCCUCACCCGACUACCCUGAGCACCCGUCCCCACCCGACUACCCUGAGCACCCGUCCCCACCCGACUACCCUGCACACCCAUCCUCACCCGACUACCCUGAGCACCCGUCCUCACCCGACUACCCUGAGCACCCGCCCUCACCCGACUACCCUGCACACCCAUCCUCACCCGACUACCCUGCACACCCGUCCUCACCCGACUACCCUGAGCACCCGCCCUCACCCGACUACCGUGCACACCCGUCCUCACCCGACUACCCUGCACACCCGUCCUCACCCGACUACCCUGAGCACCCGUCCUCACCCGACUACCCUGCACACCCGUCCUCACCCGACUACCCUGAGCACCCGUCCUCACCCGACUACCCUGCGCACCCGUCCUCACCCGACUACCCUGCACACCCGUCCUCACCCGACUACCCUCCACACCCGUCCUCACCCGACUACCCUGAGCACCCAUCCUCACCCGACUACCCUGCACACCCGUCCUCACCCGACUACCCUGCACACCCAUCCUCACCCGACUACCCUCCACACCCGUCCUCACCCGACUACCCUGAGCACCCGUCCUCACCCGACUACCCUGCACACCCGUCCUCACCCGACUACCCUGCACACCCGUCCUCACCCGACUACCCUGCACACCCGUCCUCACCCGACUACCCUGCACACCCAUCCUCACCCGACUACCCUGCACACCCAUCCUCACCCGACUACCCUGCACACCCAUCCUCACCCGACUACCCUCCAUACCCGUCCUCACCCGACUACCCUGAGCACCCGUCCUCACCCGACCACCCUGGGCACCCGUCCUCACCCGACUACCGUCCUGCCCCAGGAGGUGCUGGCUGCCACGGGGCCUCAAAGGCCGGAGGCCUCCUUCCCUCGGGGCCGGCCACCACCCCCGGGUGUGUGUACAGCACAGACACUGUGCGCUCUGUGGUUGAGCAGCAGGUGUCUGUGUGGAGACUGAGCCAGUCGGCUCGGUGUGUGCUUGGUGACCCCAUCGCCAGGGAGGAAGCCCACGCCAGGUCCACUCCCUGCACUCCGGCUGCCACUGCACUGGUGGCUCCUCUGGACGUGACCUCAGCCGACGAGACCUCACCUGGAUGUGACGUUGGCCCACGUGACCUCAGCCAGUGUCACCUCCCCCAACGUGACGUGACCUCACCUGACAUGACCUCUCCCAACAUGACCUCAGCCAAUGCUACCUCACCUGAUGUGACUUUGCCCCACGUGACCUUACCCAGAUGA